GUCCAUAAAUUAGAGUUGACUUCUCAGCCCACCUGUUCCUUAUUUGGCUUCCCUUUCUCUCAUGAAACUGUCUUUCUAACCAGUUUUCAGGCUGCCCUUCUUCCAAAAAGAAGGGCAAUGCAAUUCCCAGGAUUUGGUGCCUGGGUAGCUGGAGGAGGUCCCUCUAGAUCUUCUCAACAGAAUUAAAUGUAUCCUAAGACUCCCUGAAGAUGGAGGCCCAGAAAGAGGGCAAUGGAGAAUCCAGAUUACUGGGGAAGCAAUUAUGCACAACAAACACCCCUAGUGUGGGGAUGAAGCAAGAGAGCGGUGGAGAAGUCAGCUGGCUGGAUGAAGCUUCACAUGUAGCCAACCCUCUGACAGUGCAAGUCCUGCAAGAGAGUGGGGGAGGAGCUGGCUGGGUGGGUCCAGAUACAUACACAGAAGACAUUGUGAAUGUGGAAAUCAAACAAGAGAGUGAUGAAGAACCUGGUUGGCAGGGUACAGAUUCCAGUGCAGUAGACACCAUGAAUGAUGGAGAAGUUUUUUGGAUGCGUCAAGAUAUAUACGGAGUAGAUACCGUGAAUGUAGAAAUCAAACAAGAGAGUGAUGAAGAACCUGGUUGGCAGGGUACAGAUUCCAGUGCAGUAGACACCAUGAAUGAUGGAGAAGUUUUUUGGAUGCAUCAAGAUAUAUACGGAGUAGAUACCGUGAAUGUAGAAAUCAGACAAGAGAGUGAUGAAGAACCUGGCUGGCUGGGUACAGAUUCAAGUGCAGUAGGCACCAUGAAUGAUAGAGAAGCUGUGUGUGUGGGUCAAGAUUUAUAUACAGAUGACGACACCCUUUGUGUGGAAGUCAAACAAGAGAAUGACAGGGAAGAUCAUUUGCUGGGAGAUAUCAGCCAAGCAUAUGAGAGCGAGAAGAAUAUUGUUCAGAGGGGCAAAGCUGGGGCAUGUGGUCCUAUUGGGUCAUCUAUAGAUGGAAAAUGGAUGACUUUCCAGGCAGCUGAGAUUGAAGAGGCAAGUCAGCAGGAACUAGAAAUGUCUGCCCAGUUUGAUCUACUGAGAAGAGAAGUUGACACCACUUUAAAUGAAGUCAUCUCCUGUUUGAGAGAAAAAGGGGACAGAGAAAAUUCUGGAAACCUGGGAAAGAAUUCUGACCUUCUCAAAAGUGCGCAAAUCCAGAGAGAGACCAAAGUUUCCAUGAGCCCAGAUGAUGGGAGAAAUGUUAGUCCCUUCCUUUCAAGACAGAAAGGAUUCCACAAAAGAGAAAGGCCACCUAAAUACUCAGAUUGUGGGAAAUGUUUUUCUUCCAGUUCCCACCCGUUAAAACAGAAACAAACAAACACAAGAAAGAAGCCACAUAAAUGCUCCCAUUGUGAGAAAUGUUUUCCUUGCAUUUCCGACCUUUCGAAACAUGAACGAACCCAUACAGGAGAGAGACCGUAUAAAUGCUCAUACUGUGAGGAAUGUUUUAAUUCUAGUUCCCAUCUUUUAAGACAUGAACGGAUCCAUACAGGAGAGAAACCAUAUGAAUGCUCAUAUUGUGAUAAAUGUUUUGCUUCCAGUUCAGACUGUAAAAGACAUGAACGAAUCCAUACAGGUGAGAAGCCACAUCAAUGCUCUGAGUGUGGGAAAAGCUUCAGCCGGAGAGGAAAUCUGAACAUUCAUAUGAAAAUUCAUACCGAAAAGUAACUAAGAGCGAAUCUAUGGAUUGGAAUUUCCCUCAUGCAUACUAUUUGAGUAGAUUGCCUAGUUCCACCUUCUUGAUUCCCUGAUGAUUGCUGCAUUUGUAGAAAGUGAGGAUGCUGCCCAUGACUCUCCCCCAGUUUCUUCUUUUGUCCUAUGAUCGGUUGGUUUUUGAUGCAAGCUUUCAUAUUAUUAUAAUACAGAAAGCUUCAAUGAGUUAGAUGAUGCUUCAGUCCUCAUUGGGAAAACUGAAUAAGAAUGAUUGAUGGUGUCUCAGCCAAUGUAGCCCUCUUAGAAUAUUUCAGACAGAUAUCUGGAUGUGUUUGCUGAAUUUGUUUCCAUUGGUAGUUUUCAUUUUUAAAGUAUGCUUUUGAGAAAUGUUGGUCUGCUAUCUGAGCCUUGAGGAAAUAUGUUUCUAUUAAUAUAAGUUUAAUGAAACAUGGGUUCGCGUUAUGAUGUUUUGGGGUCUAGGGUUGUCACGUCACAUGCAAUUUUACUAUGGAGCACGAGGGAAGUGGGUUCCUCUUCAGGGUUGGACACUGAGAAGGGGAUAUGAUCUUCAAACUCAACAGUGACCCAUUGUUUUUAAAGCUAAAUAAAUGGUUUUAAUUCUGA